CGUCAAUCUGACAAUAAUCACAGAAGGCAUCAUAGAGCUUUUAUUGUUUUUGUUUAGAAAAACACAAAAAUUCUAUUAAAAAAUGCCGAAAAAUAUCACCACCGAAGUGCGGGAGAUAAUAUUGAAAGUAAAGGAGUUUAUGGAUGAGGAGAAACGAAUGCAAGUGCCAAUAAUACCUUUAAGUAAAGUGUACGUGAGAGUAUCUGCCGCUACAGGUGUAUCAGAACGCACAGUAUUAAAUAUAGUUAAAGAAGCAAGGCUGGUGGAACAAGGCCUGUUAGACCCUGAGACUUUAAAGAAAACUCCAAAAAAACGUGUCAGGACAAAAGGCAAGAUAGAAGUUGACGAGUACGACCUCCAAGUAAUUCGUAGGAAGAUCCACGAAUUCUAUGCAUUCAAGAAAGAGGUGCCUACUAUAAACAAACUCCUUCAGAUAUUGAAAGAAGAAAUUAACUUCAAAGGGUCAAGGGAGACUCUUAGGAAGAUUCUCAGGAAGAAUGGUUUCCAAUUCAGAAAGACAAAGAAUAACAAGGAGAAGGAGCAAGCGCCUGACACUACAUCAGCAGUCCCCCCGAUGGUGGCGCCGUAUAUACACACUAUGUUUAGUCACAAAAACAUACAAUCAUAGAUUCUAUUUGUAGCCUGUAGACACGUCGAUUUAGAAUUUUAGGGCAGCUCCUUCUCACAAACUGAACGUUGCUAAUUCUGAAGUAAACAUUUACUUAAAUUACAUUAUUUAUUUGUAUAUUGUUAGACAUCAUACAUAUAGAUGCGACUUUGCAUAUGAUGGGUGAAGGGCGUUUGUAAAGUGUAGUAUUUACACUUUCAGUAUUCAAGGAUUAUGUGUUGUGCUAUAGUUAUUUUAUUAUUCUGUUGUUGCUGGCUUAGGUCACGUUCGCGACACCAGAGGAGGAGUACCACUCCUGAGAAUGUAACAAAAGAACGAUGUCAGGUUUCGGCCCACCCAAUCAACUUUUAAAACUAAAUUCUCACGGACACAUAGUUUUUUACUACAACAAUUUAAAUAUAAAAUACUAACUUCUUAUAAAAUAUUUAAUUGUUAUCUAGAACUU